AUGAUCGCACUUGGAGUAACUUGGCACUUGUAUUUAGAUUAAUUGCUCUUUGUUCUAGGGGGCAUACAGCCAUGUUUUCGUGUCGAUGCUUAUCCUGGGGGUUCUUUGUGCGGUUAUUUCACCCGCACUGGGUAAGUUUGCUACAUAGUAGGUCUAAACAUAAAAUACUGUAACCGUUUCGCUUUGCAUAUCUGAUAUGCUGCGUUUCAGCGACUGCACUUGAUCAAGGGUUUGAUUACAUUAUUUUCCAGCCGGUACAAUGUACACUUUCACUGUAAAAUAUAACUCGAGCUAUGCAGUACUCAUUGCUGUUGAAGGGACACCGUUGGUGAGUUUGCAUCAUUUUGAAUACAUCAUCUGCAGUGUUGGCUGUUAUAAUGCCGAGGCUGUUUUUUUCUGUUUUAGUCGUUUGUUAAAGGGAAUGUAUCAGUCCGACGGGGUUCGCCGUCUGAUCCCUGCGUAGCAGGGCAAUCAUGUUGGGAAUUGCUAAGCGGUGGGUUACCAAUUAUUAUGCUUGCUUCUUUUCUGAGCAAGCAAUUUGGACAGUCUCAGAUUGUCUCAUUCUUCUGUUGUAUGGAAAAACUACCCAUUUUAUUCAUCAUUCUCCUUUUCCCCCAUCCAGACAGAUUGUACGCACAACUUAACUCAGAUAAGGUAUCUGGAAACGGCACUAUCAUUUUAACGCCAAGUGAUCGCAAAAAAUCCCCAACUGAAAUACUUGUCAGAGACCUAAAUGAAACUUCAAAGGGUAAGUGCAGUUCUUGUUCAAAACAAUUUUCAUGAGUUUCAAGGGAUCCCAGUUAUUGAAUAAUCCUUUGAAAUAACAACAUAAUUUUAUGGAGGGCAAUUAGAUCGCGAGUCAUUUGUCGGAAAUGAUUUGAUUUUCGGAUCGUUUGCAGAAUCACUCAUUUUACGCUGCAGCAAAUGUCGCACGACUUUGGUCCUUAUCAUUCUCAACGAUCUGCCUUGCGAAGUCCUCACUGUUAGUAAUUAAGUAGAGAUAUUCUGCAAUUUUCGAAAGAAGCGGUUUGGCAUACCUUUUUUAAAAACACAGCACUACUGCAGCGAAACGUGUAUAGGCUAAUAAUUCGAAAUUUACACGCAGGUCUGCCGCGGUCUAAAGGGAUUGGUCAAACUGAAGUGCUUCAACUGGACCCGCAAACAAAUUCUGUUACAUUCCUUAUAUAUAAUGAGACAGUGCAGGUAUGCUUAUCAAUUUGAUCAUGAAAUGUAAACAUUUAUGCGCAUUGUUGGUUAUUUCAAACAUUUCUUGCUUGUUAGGACACAAUCGUUAAUGGAAAUAUACAGAUAAGAGAUGGAGUGACGUCCGGUGUACGUUGGCUAAUGGUCCCCUACCGUAAGUCACCUUUUAAACAUAUGCCUGCAGAGAUGCAUAAGUCAAAACACAACCAAAUUAAUGCUGUCCACCUCAAAUACUGAUCGGAAGUCAGACUAUGUUACGCCAUAAAUAUUAAUGUGCAUAUACUACGGAGAUCGAAAUUUAUAUUUGUCGAAGAAUGGUUAAUAACAUCGGUUGUACAAUCCACUUUGGUAUUCCAUAAGGAUAAAACGUAAAAGACAAGUAGUAAGAAAUGUAAAUUGUGUUCAAAUAAAACCACUCAAGCGGGUAUAUUACCGUUGGCAAAUGAAAAGCUUCAUACUUUGCGAGAAUAGUCAACCAGAACACUUGUAAAUGGUAACAAUUCGGUUUCAGAACGGAUUUGCAUGUGGAAUUAGGUGGUUUUUUGAUUCAUGUAUUCUUUUGAACCAAAAUUGUUUGCUCUGGAUCUCUACACGUUUGGCUGUGCAUAUUGUGAUGUUUUUCAUAUAUUAUAUGAUUACUGCGAAUUGUUAGUUAUUUCAUAUAAGCAGUUAAAUUGCCAUGUGUACGGCUUUAAAUACGAGUCUAACUUUAAGCAGUAUUCGCGUCGAAUUCUGUCAAAAUUUCGUUUUAUUCUAUUGGUCAAACAGUUACCACAUUUUACAAGGGGAAGAAUGCCGUUCUGAUUACGGGAUAUAUUGGAACUAGUGGCUAUAUGCUUGAAGGAAAACUGGCUGGAAACGGCACAAUUCAAAUCGUUAUAGUCGGGAAUUCGAACGUUCCAGAUUACAAGACCCUACGCGUUUCCUUCCGCAGCGCAUGCGCCGUUAACACCUGGAAUAUUAUGCUGUAUGUCCUCGCCUUGAUCAUAAUUAAAGAGAACGCAUGA